AUGUCUCAGCAACCGCGCUCGGCUUUGGACCAAGACUAUGUGCAAAGCACUGGUUCUACCACGUUGAAAAUGCAGGAACUCCUGGGUCCUGCAUCAUCUACACCUUCUGUUUGCCCGCAGCCAGAGGCAAUAUAUAGUGAUGCAUCGCAGUAUCGAGUACGUCCGGUGGCUGCGAGUCCAGACUGGCAGUACAGUACAGUUCCAGCACCUCCGGAGUACGCUGCGCAGUCGCUUACCGCUACGCACAGGCCAGCGAGUUAUGAGCCGUCACAUGGUCAAUCGCCAGUAUUUCCCACCGCAACACCUCCGACUGCGCAAUCUAUCCUUACGCCAAUGCGGUCAUCAUACAGCCUGUCGCCUGCCCGACAGCCACCGCGAGACAGAUCCUCGGCACAGCACAACCUUCGUCCACCAAUGUACGCAGACCAGAAUUUCCCCGCACAUUCACCUCUGCCUACAUCUGCGUCUGCAGCAUACAAUCCGCGGGCAUAUACCACACCGCUCUACCCACCUCAAUCAUCCGAUCCAAACCACAUAACUCAAGCUGGCAUAGCCCUUCACCUGUAUACCCUCCUCCACCCCCGCCUCGCCGACUGGCCCCCCACCGACGUAACACGCUUCACAACCCGCAUCGCUAUGCACCUCAUCCGCAUACCCCUCAGCAGCUAUGAAGAGAUCAUGAUGCGCAUCUGCCACGCGGGCAGGAUGCACUACCUGGCGCUAGUGGUUAUCCCGCCUGGCGGGGGAGACGUGCAGAUCAUGCUCUCGGGGGUUGCGAAGGAGAGGGAUGGGGCGGAUCCAUUGUUCGACGAUGUCCUGAUGGGGAUGUUGGAGCGGGGUUUUAGGCAGAUGUGUGAGGAGGUUUGGAGGGGAAUGGAGAGGGGGCAGUAG